AAUAGGAGACUGGGUAAUUUUCAUGGCGAGGUCCUGCGAAAUAUGAUAAUAGUGGGUACGGAUUUAUGGUCAGUUUGUCUAAUAACUGGUUUACAGGCGAACAUAGUGAAUCGUUAAGUUGCAUCGUGUGCUACUGGUAUAAAUAAAUAAAGUAUAGUUUACUUUCAAGAAAUGGCAGAAAUGAACUCCGACCAAGUCGCUGACAUGAAACAUGACAACGCUGCUUCCCCUGGGAUUUCAGACCAAGAAAAGGAAAUGGCUACAAAUGCGUAUGAAGAAUUUACGUCUGGGAACUAUGAUGAAUCGCUGAAACAUCUAGAAAGCCUUCAAGAACUGAAUAAGGAGGACUAUAAGAUUGCCAUGAACAGAGCUGUUGCAGAAUUCUUCAGAAGCGGGCAGACAACCACUGGCACCUUGAAGCAGAUAUUAAUGACGAUAAAAAAUCAGAUGCAUUCUGCAGUGGAGGAUAUAGAUGGUUUAGAUGAUGUAGAAAACAGCAUUCUCUAUUACAAUCAAGCCAUCAUUCAUUACCAUAUGCGGCAGUACUCAGAAGCCAUAUCUAUUGGAGAGAAACUCUACCAGUUUCUGGAACCUUUUGAAGAGAAGUUUGCUCAGGCAGUGUGCUUCCUUCUGGUGGACCUUUACCUGCUCACCUUCCAGCCGGAGAAAGCCCUUCAUCUCCUAGCUGUAUUGGAGAAACUCUCAGUACAAGGCAACAACAAGAAUGGCAAAAGCGAGGGUACUAACAGUACAGCCAGGGAAUCUGCUGCUCAAAAAGCUGAGUUUGUUGCCAUGAUUGAAACAGCCAAGUCACGGAUGCACCAGUAUAAAGUGCGGGCCUAUAUCCAGAUGAAGUCCCUCAAAGCCUGUAAAAGGGAGAUCAAAUCUGUUAUGAACACAGCUGGAAAUUCAGCCCCCUCUCUCUUCCUCAAAAGUAAUUUUGAGUAUCUAAGGGGAAACUAUCGUAAGGCAGUAAAACUCCUCAAUAGCUCCAACAUUGCUGAACAUCCCGGACCACUGAAAACAGGUGAAUGUGUGCGCUGUAUGUUCUGGAAUAAUCUGGGUUGUAUCCACUUUGCCAUGGGCAAGCACAACUUGGGUAUCUUCUACUUUAAGAAAGCCCUACAGGAGAAUGACCACACUUGUGCGCAGCUGGGAGAUGGCAAGAACGGCCAGGCUAAAAAGUUCACGGGUAUUCCCAUGUGUGCUUUGUUGGCAAAUAAACGUUACGAGCUGCUCUAUAACUGCGGCAUUCAGCUGUUGCACCUCGGCCGCCCGCUGGCCGCCUUCGAAUGCCUGAUGGAGGCGGUGCAGGUGUACCACUCAAACCCACGCCUCUGGCUCCGUCUGGCCGAGUGCUGCAUCGCUGCAAACAAAGGGAGUUCGGAGCAGGAGACCAAAGGCCUGCCCAGUAAAAAGGGGAUUGUUCAGUCCAUAGUAGGGCAGGGCUAUCAUCGCAAAAUAGUCCUGGCUUCACAGUCUACACAGAACACAACUUACAGUGAGGGUCAGUCAGCAGCAAUUCCUGUAGCCAGUAUGGAGUUUGCAGCUAUCUGUUUGAGGAAUGCACUGCUUCUUCUGCCAGAACAUCAACAACAUGAGAGCAAACCAGACAAUGGCUCAAAGAGCUCCAGCCAAUCAGGAAGCACAGAGAGUGGCAGUGAGAAUAGCGAUGCCUGCAGUGGGAAGGGUCAAGAGGCAGACAAGUUCAUUCCUGCUGCCCCCUCAUCGCCUCUCAGAAAACAGGAAGUUGAGAACCUCAGGUGCUGCAUUUUAGCCUGUAGUGCAUAUGUGGCUCUAGCCCUUGGGGACAACCUGAUGGCUCUUAACCAUGCAGAUAAGCUAUUACAUCAGCCCAAACUGUCAGGAUCCCUCAAGUUUCUGGGCCACCUGUAUGCUGCUGAAGCUCUCAUCUCUCUGGACCGAAUCUCUGAUGCAAUCACUCACCUCAACCCUGAGAAUGUUACAGACGUAUCAUUAGGUGUGUCACCCAGCGAGCAAGACCAAGGUUCUGAUAAAGGGGAUCUAGACCCAGUUGAAUCCUCAGGGAAACAGAUUCCUCUGUGUUACCCCAGUACUGUCAGCUCUGCCAGGGGCAUGAUGCUCUUUAACCUGGGCAGUGCUUACUGUCUGCGCAGCGAAUAUGAUAAAGCACGCAAGUGCCUUCAUCAGGCAGCCUCCAUGGUCAAUGCAAAGGAGAUUCCCCCAGAAGCUAUUCUGCUGGGUGUGUACCUAGAGCUGCAGAAUGGUAACACACAGCUGGCACUCCAGAUCAUCAAACGCAACCAGCUGCUCCCGUCGGUCAAGUGCUCAUCCUCUCCAGACCUGCGCAAGAAGCCUCCACCUUUCCAGCCGCCACAGCCCAUGCAGCCAAUCCAGAUGCCCUCUUCCUUCACACAAGUGCAGCGCAAAUGAUGCACGCACUCACCCCAAUGGCAUAAACACCUCUGUAAUGCUCUUACUAUUUAUGAGUCUGCAACAGCUCAGCUAAAUGUGGAUGAGUGAAGAGAUGGCUAGUAAGGAGGGCCAGAUGAAGGAAGAAGGUGGUUAAAACAAUUCAUCUGUUUCCUUUGGACUUGCUUUCUGUGAGCUCAUCUCUUAACUGUACAUUGAUGUAUUCUGGGGUCUGAAAUCCUAAAUAAAAUUUAUUUACACUUGUGG